AUUUAUGACCACAUUUUGAGCCGAUAGCGCUGUGUUUGUUCAGAGUCACACUCUGUGUACACUUAUGUCUGCAGUUUGAUUUUGUUACAUACGAACACACUGAUAGCAGCAGUGCUGUCACGUGUGUGAAGACAGAGGACCAAUAUGUGUUUGCUUGGUCGUUCACUGAAAGGCUUCAGUUUCGUCUUCUUAUACAAUAUUUGACAUUUAAAACAACAAACAAGACAUUUUAGGAAAUACUUGUGGGCGUUUCCUUGUUUGAUUGUUUGGUAGCACUUGAACGCUAAAGUGACCGCCCAAUCAGAUCUCACACAGAUCAUGUAAGUUUGAGAGCUCAGCGUGCAACAGUUCUUAUUUUAUUUUACAUGUCGUUGUAGGGGGGCCGCUCGUCCUGCAGGGGGCAGUAGUGCAGACAUAAACCCGGAUGCAGUGGUGGUGGAGCCGGUGACGUGUUUCCUGUUAGUGUGCGUGCUGUGUUCGUGUGUGUUUGGAUGGUUUCUGCUCGGUUGUUGGAUUAACGGCUAAACUCCGCAGCAGACAUGGCGAGGAAUGCUGAGAAGGCCAUGACGGCCCUGGCUCGGUUCAGACAGGCUCAGCUGGAGGAAGGAAAAGUCAAGGAAAGAAGACCCUUUCUGGCCUCAGAGUGCAGUGAACUUCCUAAAGCUGAAAAAUGGAGACGACAGAUUAUCAGUGAAAUCUCGAAGAAAGUCGCUCAGAUCCAGAACGCUGGUCUGGGUGAGUUCAGGAUUCGGGAUCUGAACGAUGAGAUCAACAAGCUGCUGAGAGAGAAAGGUCACUGGGAGGUCCGCAUCAAAGAGCUCGGAGGACCCGACUAUGCACGCAUUGGGCCAAGGAUGUUGGACCACGAGGGGAAGGAGGUGCCCGGAAACCGCGGCUAUAAAUACUUCGGAGCGGCCAGAGACCUGCCGGGAGUCCGGGAACUGUUCGAGAAGGAGCCUGCCCCAGCGCCGAGGAAGACGAGGGGGGAACUGAUGAAGGAUGUGGAUGCAGAGUAUUACGGCUACAGAGACGAAGACGACGGCGUCCUGCUUCCUCUGGAGGCGCAGUACGAGAAACAAGCUGUGCUGGAGGCGGUCCAGAGGUGGAAAACAGAGAGAGAGUCUCGAGUGUCUGGAGAGAAACAGCAGGAGGAGGAAGAGGAGGAGAGCAUCUACACCGUCCACAACGAAGAGCCUGAUGAUGAGGGGAACCAGGAGGAGCAGGAGGGAGAGGAUGGAGGACUCUCCUUCAUCGCACACGUACCUGUUCCAUCUCAGAAAGAGGUGGAGGAGGCUUUGGUCAGGAGGAAGAAGAUGGAGUUGCUGCAGCGUUACGCCAGCGAGACUCUUCAGGCUCAGAGUCAGGAGGCCCGAGCUCUGCUGGGGCUCUGACCCAUCUGUCUGCUGCUGUAAAUAAAGGCGUGUUUUUGUACCUUUUCUUAAUAAAAACUUUCUGCUCUUCAGUU